AUGGACCAACAAAGACCAGGGGCCGAGACGCCCCAGAACGACGCCUAUGCCUCGGGGUCCCAGACGGGCUCCCAGGCCGGCUCCCAGACCAACAUCCCCGCCGCCGGCUCCAGCUCUAUGCUCCACCUCCGAUCCAGCACCCAGGUUACCCUUGUCGAGACUGCCACUGAGUCCCCUGCUUCCUACGACACCAAGCCGCCGAAGGACAGCGCUGCCCCGUCCCUCGACUCCCAGAAGGAGGAGCAGUACCACAUCCCCGAGAACCUUUCCCGACACACCUCCCCAGCGAUCACCGAGGUCCGUCGGACAAGCACGGACACCGAGGACGGCUACACCGAGUGGUCCUUCGCCGAGCAGCUCAAGGCUCGCCAGGCGGCUCUCAUUGAGCGCGGGCUUCCUCCUGUGCGCAAUGUUUCGCUUUCGUGGCAGAACCUGUCGGUCCGCGGUGUCGGUGGCGUCGAUGAUGUGCAGUUCGCCCCUGACCUUGGUGCGAUCGUUGCGCCGUGGACUGUGAUCAAGCAGAAGAAGAAGGUUGAGGCGUACGCCCAGUCGGUCGCCGAGAAGGCGGCGGCGAAGCCCGGAUUCGAGCCGAUGGCUUGGCAGAAGGGCAUGCCGACGCCGAAGAAGGGUGAACCGGGACUGCGCAAGGGACAGCGUUACCUCAUCAAGGACUUCAACGGUCUGCUCAAGCCGGGAGAGAUGAUGCUCGUCGUUGGUCGUCCCGGAUCCGGAUGCACGACAUUCCUCAAGGCGCUUUCGGGGCUCACGUCAUCUUACGCCGGCGUCGACGGCACCGUGCGCUACGGAUCGCUCAAGGCUGGUUCGAAGGAGAUGAUCGCCCUGCGCGGUGAGGUCGCCUUCAACGACGAGGAGGACGUGCACGAUCCCAACCUGCUUGUUGGUCGCACUAUGGACUUCGCCACCCGCAUGGAGACCCCCUCUGACCGUGUCCGUGCCCUUGGCAAGAACGGAAAGCCCAUCUCUGAGAAGCAGUACCAGGAGGAGACCAAGACCGACCUCCUCCGUGUGUUCGGUAUCGAGCACACCGCCGGUACCAAGGUCGGAAACCAGUACAUCCGUGGUGUCUCGGGUGGUGAGCGCAAGCGUGUCUCGCUCGCCGAGUUCCUCACUACCGACUCGCAGGUCAUGUGUUGGGACCAGGCUACCCGUGGUCUCGAUGCCUCGACUGCGCUCGGCUUUGCCCGUACCUGUCGUACUCUUUGUGACGUUGACAAGCGUGUCAACGUUGUUACCCUCUACCAGGCUGGUAACGGUAUCUACGACCUGUUCGACAAGGUCACCGUCAUCGCCGAGAACCGCCUGAUCUACUACGGCCCCCGCGACAUGGCCCGCAACUACUUCGAACAGCUUGGUUUCGAGCACAUGGAGGGCGCCAACACCGCCGACUACCUCACUGCCGUUACUGCUCUGAACGAGCGCAAGAUCAUUCCCGGUUACGAGAACAAGGUUCCCAACACUGCUGCCGAGUUUGCCAAGAUCUAUCAGGAGUCCGACCUCUGCGCCGCUAUGCGCAAGGAGGUCGACGACUGGGUCGCCGACACCGCCGCUCGCGAGGCCGAGUCCGAUGAGCUUCGCCGUGUCAACCAGACCUCCAAGACCAAGUACGCCAUCAAGGCCCUUCCCCAGAAGGAGUCGUGGGGCAAGCAGGUAUGGGGCUGUAUCGUCCGUGAGGGCCAGCAGCGCUGGGGUGACCAGUGGUCCUUCUGGGCCCGUCAGGCCACCACCCUCAUCCAGGGUCUCAUCAACGGUUCCGUCUACUACAAUGUUCCCGACAACACCUCUGGUCUCUUCCUCCGUGGUGGUGUCAUCUUCAUGCUUGUCCUGUUCCCGGCUAUUCUUGCGUUCUCUGACCUGUCCGAGGCCUUCAUGGGCCGUGGUGUUCUUGGAAAGCAGAAGUCGUACGCCAUGUACCGCUCCUCGCUCAUGUUCGUUGCCCAGGUUGUUCUUGACAUUCCCAUCUUCGUCGUCCAGCUCGCCAUCUACACCCUUGUCACCUACUGGAUGGCUGGCCUCCGCUCGAACGCCGGCAACUUCUUCCUCAUGUUCUUCUUCACGUGGCUCAACUCGCUCGUCUUCACCUCGCUCUUCCGUGCGAUCGGUUACGCGUUUGACAUCUACAAUGAUGCCUCCAAGAUCGCCGGCUCCGUCUUUACCUUCUUCGUCCUCUACGGUGGUUUCGUCAUCUACACCCCCUCGAUGCACCCGUGGUUCAGCUGGAUCCGCUGGCUUAACCCGGUGUACUACGCCAUCGAGAACCUCAUGGCGACUGAGCUUACCGACCUGACCCUGGACUGCGCCCCGCCUCAGCUCGCGCCUUACGGCCCUGCCUACGCUGGUCAGCCCGCUGGCUGUGCCAUCGCCGGCGGUAGCCCUGGCACGACCAAGGUCUCCGGCACCAAGUACCUCGACCUUGCGCUCAAGUUCUACAAGUCGCACCGCUGGCGCAACUUUGGUAUCAUGAUUGCUCUCUGGAUCGGUGCCAUCUUGCUCGGUAUGCUCUUCGUUGAGCGCCUCCCCGCUGCCGGCUCCAAGCCCGCCGUCACUCUCUACAAGCGUGGUGGUGGCUCUGCUUUCCGCGCCGCCGCCAAGGACGCUGAGGCUGCCGAGGGCGUCGACGGUGAGAAGCUCAACAACAACGGUAACCAGAAGAUCAGCGGUGCUGCUACCCCCCGCAGCAACAUUCGCAUCGGCCCCCCUCGCAGCGGUACUGCUACUCCUCGCAGCGGCACCGCCACCCCCCGCAGCGGCAUGCAGAUCGGCCCGGUCACCAACGAGAAGCCCGGCCUCAGCCGUACCUCCUCGCGCCUUGCCGAGGAGGCUCAGGGUACGACUUUCACCUGGAAGCACCUCAACUACUUUGUCAAGGCUGAGGGCAAGGACAAGCAGCUCCUCCGCGAUGUCUCGGGUUACUGCCAGGCUGGUACCAUCACCGCACUCAUGGGCUCCUCCGGUGCCGGAAAGACUACUCUCAUGGAUGUGCUCGCCGCCCGCAAGAGCGAGGGUACGAUUGAGGGUGAGGUCAAGCUCAACGGCCACUCGCUUCCUGUUUCGUUCCAGCGCACCACCGGUUACUGUGAGCAGGUCGACAUCCACCUUCCUACCAGCACUGUCCGUGAGGCUCUCGAGUUCUCCGCCCUCCUCCGCCAGCCCCGCCACAUCAGCGACGAGGACAAGCUCGCCUACGUCGACGUGAUCAUUGACCUGCUCGAGCUUCAGGACAUCGAGGACGCCAUCGUCGGUGUUCCCGGUGCCGGUCUCGGUGUCGAGCAGCGCAAGCGUCUCACCAUCGGUGUCGAGCUCGUUUCCCGCCCCACGCUUCUCUUCCUCGACGAGCCCACCUCGGGUCUCGACGGCCAGUCUUCCUACCAGAUCCUCCAGUUCCUGCGCAAGCUCGCCGCUCAGGGUCAGUCCAUUCUCUGCACGAUCCACCAGCCUUCCGCCGCUCUCUUCGCCGAGUUCGACCAGCUCCUCCUCCUCAAGGCCGGUGGUCGCACUGUCUACUUCGGUCCCGUCGCCAAGGUCAAGUCCUACUUCACUGGCAACGGUGCUCCCUGGCCCCGUGACGUCAACCCUGCUGAGCAGAUGAUUGACGUUGUUUCCGGUGACAUCUCUCGCUCCAAGGACUGGGCCGAGGUCUGGAAGGCCUCGCCCGAGUGUACUCAGAUGAUGAUCGACCUGGACAACGUGAACGAGGAGGCUAAGAGCCAGUACCACGAGACUGCGGAGGACACCCACAAGUACGCCGCCUCCACCUCCACCCAACUGCGCCUCGUCAUCCACCGUGCCACCGUCCAGCUUUACCGCGACGUCGAAUAUCUAAUGUUACACAUCAUGACGGGCUUGAUUGUUGGAUUUACGUACUGGAAGAUGGGAACCGCCUACGCCGACCUGCAGAACAAGGUGUUCGCCCUCUUCCAAUUCGUCUUCGUCGCUCCCGGAGUUAUCGUCCAGACGCAGCCCAAGUUCAUUGCGAACCGCGACGUGUUCGAGAGCCGCGAGAAGAAGUCGAUGUUCUACCGCUGGCAGGUGUUCUGUGCCGGCGAGAUUCUCGCCGAGGUGCCUUACCUGAUCCUCUGUGCCUUCUUCUACUUUGUCACCUUCUACUGGACGGCCGGCUUCAGCUCUGAGGCUGGCAUCGCGGGCCCCGUCUUCCUGCAGAUGGUCUUCUACGAGUUCCUCUACACCGGAAUGGGCCAGUUCAUCGCCGCGUACGCGCCCAACCCCGUUUUCGCCGCCAUGGUCCUCCCGCUCUUCAUCUCGGUCCUCGCCACUUUCGCCGGCAUCAUGAUUCCGUACCAGCAGCUCACUGCCUUCUGGCGCUACUGGCUCUACUGGCUCGACCCCUUCACGUACUUCAUGCAGGGCCUCAUCACGUUCCCGAUCUGGGACGCCAAGGUCGAGUGCCGCCCCCACGAGUACGGCUACUUCGACCCUCCUGCCGGCCAGACCUGUGGACAGUACCUCCAGACCUUCAUGACCUACGCGUCCGGAUACCUCAACAACCCCGACGCCGUCGCCAACUGCGAGUACUGUGGUCUCAAGAAGGGCUCCGAGUACCUGUACAACCUCAACAUCAAGCGCCACAUCAUCGGAUGGCAGGGUAUCCUCAUCACCCUCCUCUUCAUCAUCUCGUCUUACUCCUUUGUCUUCCUGCUUCUCAAGCUCAGGAGCAAGGGUACCAAGACUGCCUCUUCGUAA